AUGGACACUAUAUUUUCUAUUAAUCCACCAAACAUAUUAAUUUAUCUAAGUAUAAAUAACGACGAUAUUGACAAUUACUAUUUAAAAAUAGAAAAAAAAACAAUUAAACGAAAACUUUUUAAGGAAAAUGAAUUUUCACAUCACAAUAUACAUCUUAAUAUAGAAAAAAAUGAUAUGUUUAAUAACUCAUUUCCAAAUAAAAAGUUUAUUGACACUUAUAAUUAUGAAAAAUUUACUUUAAACGCUGUAGAAGAAACAAUUAAACGUUUUGACCCACAAUACGUUAUCACAUUAGAUGGGCGGCAACCUGUUCAAGAUAUAUUUAAAACUGUUGAAAUUAAAUUACGAACACUUCCACUUCAUAGGAUAGUUCAUCCAAAAAUGAUUCAAAAUGAUAAUAUUCCAAUUUGUAGAAGUAUAUCAAUAACAGAUCGAUAUGAAAUUGACAUCAUUGAUGAUAACAAUGCCGAAUCAGUUUUAUUUGGAACAGGAACACUUUUAUCAGAUAGUUUAAAUUCAAUUAACGAAUCAAAUAAAAAUUCAAGUGACCAAUAUUUACGUAAAAUUUCUGAUUAUGGUAAACUGUGUCCAGUGAGUUUGUAUAACGGAAAUUUAGUAAAUGGUAGCGAUCAUUAUACCAUUGAAUUUUUAGGAAAAUUAUACUUUUUUGUAGGAAUUUAUGAAAUGAAUUUAUUUUAUAAAUUUCCGCGCCAAUUUUUGGAAAUCCCAAGACCAAACAUUCCUGUAAAAGCUAUUUUUUAUGGGCCAUCAAUUUUAGUGGAUCCUUUAGCUAAAGCUACAUGUGAAUUUUUCAAGUUUAAGUUAAUAAACAUUAAUUCAAUAAAACAAACAUAUGAACAAAAUUCACAAAAAAUCUUUAUUGCUACUAUUGUUGAUGCAAUUAAAACAAUUACAAAGGAACAUGUGAAAUCAAAAAUUGAACAAAGAAAUAAAGUCAAAAACAUACAAAAAGCUAUAGGAAGAUGGAUGCAUCUAUACUUUGGUGUAAAAUUCAAUAAACAAAAUUAUUAUAGAGAAGUAAACUUGAAUGUAUACGAAGAAAUAGAAGAUGAAUAUAACUUUGAAUAUGACCAAGAGGCUGAAGAAAACUUUAAUAAUUAUGAUAUAUUACAACUAAGACUUUUCUUUAAAAAGAAUGGAAUAAAAUUUAUUGAAAAUUUCGAUUCAUGUAUCGAAGCUUAUAACAAGCCCGAGAUACUUUUAAAUUAUUUUCGUGGGAUAUCAAUUGAAAAUUACAAAGACUUCAGAAAAAUUUACUACAAGAAAAAUUGCAUUGCACAGUUUGACAUAGUAAACAUAAUACUUCAAGAUAUACAGAAAAGGAGAGAGCAAUAUUUAAAUUGGGUUAUGAUAAAUGCACCAAUGGAUUAUUUAUUUUUAAGAAAAUUAAAAGAAGUAGAUCUGUGUCCUAUUCAAUUAGUAUACAUUCAGGAUGCAGAUCCCUUGCAUAAAUUAUUUCUAAGCAAUAUUUUAUUAAGUGAAAAUAUUGAGCUAGUAAUUUGGGAAUCAUUUGAAAAUGUAAAAAAAGGUUCAAGAUUUGAUGCAAAGGCGAAUCAAAAACCGUAUUCCCAAUUUUUAAGUCAAAUUGAAAAUAAUUCAAAUAUGAUUUAUAGCGAAGAUAAACUUUUAAUGGAAGAAUUUUAUGAAAUAAUCAACUCAGAAGUAGAUGAAGAAAUUAACGAAGAUGUGAAUUUUAUAAGCCACGAACAACUACUGGAGACUAUUAUUCCUGAAAUAAUAGAAAGAAUAAAUCAAUACAUCGAAAGUUAUAACAAACAAUGGCUAAUAUUUAAAAAUGAAGUAUCUAAUAAGUGUAAAAACUUCUUUGAUUUUUCUGUUAUAAAUACUAAAUCAAAAGGUACUGACUUGGACAAAUUUAAAAACUUGAUUGAAGAUACGUUGUAUCAUAUAAAAAAAUUUAAUUCAAAUCAAGCUAUAGAAGUGCCUUUUUUAUCAUCAAAAUCAACUCCAAAAGUUUCUAUACAUAAUGGAGACACCUCUAUUUACUGUCCGGUAAAGCUCACAGAAAAUAAACUUAUACUAGGAUCAAACAAAUACAGAGCAAUUUAUAAAAAUAAAUUUUAUUUUAUGUGUUCCGAAGAUUCGUAUAAAACUUUUAUUUCAAAUCCCCAAAAAUAUUCAUCAUAUAUUAAUCCUAUAAUAUAUUAUCCAAAACCUAAAAUUUCUAUACUUCAUUCAUUUGGCCAAAGCAUAAACAAAUUAACAAAUGAAUUAAAAACAAAAUUAAACUUUACAGUUGUUGAAUUUUUUUCAAUGAUUCAACAAAUUAUACCUAAAAAUAUGCCAAUGCUUGGUCAGAUUUUUGAAGAACCAACAUUAAAAAAAUUUAUGGAUGAUUAUCUUAUAGAUGACAACUUUUAUUUUAAAAACAAUAUUACAAAAAUCCGAAAAUACAUUGAUAUGGAAAAUUCACACUUAACCGAUAAAGAUUGGCUAAAAAUGAAUUCAUUAUUCCAUCAAAUAGAAGAUAAUUUAUGCUAUAUAAACUAUCCAAGAAAGUCAACAGAACUAAUGUAUUUAAAAGAAAACAAUAUAUCACCUGAUAUUAUAAUACAUAUUACAAGCAAUCCACAAGAAAUUCAUAAUAAAGCAAAAGAGAUAGUAACUAAUAAUUGGUUAAGUUAUCAAGCUAGUAUAUUAGAAAAAAUAAUUGAAAAAGAUACUAUAACUAGACAGAAUUACUUAAAAACCCGAUCUGAAUUUUUCAAAAAUAAGUUAAAAGAAAUAGACAAAAUAAGAAAUAAUGAUGCAUUAAAAAUGCGUGUUAACCGAAUGAUUAAAGCAAUAGUAUUAGAUGCAAUAAAAGAUCCAAAUAUUAUGUUAUAUGAUUACUUCAGUACUUUAGAUAAAAUUGAAAAUAUAGUAGACUCUCAACUACCUAAUCCAAUGUAUCUCUUAAAGAAAGGAUUUAUUGAUCAAUUUCCAACACCUUCUGACAAUAUGAUUCAACGUUAUUUAGAAUCUGAAAAUAAAGAAAUUUUGAAUAUGAAAUACUUUGCUGAAGAAUUUAAUAUUCCUUGGAUAACACUAUCAGACUCUAAAUAUUAUGCAGAAGUGCUAUCAAUUCUAAAAAACAUUUUAAUAAAAAAUGAAAACAUUUUUGAAAAUGUUUUUGAGGUAGAAUUUAAAACAGCAGAACAAAUGUUAUCUAGCGGUGAAGUGUUUCUAAGUAAAUUUGGUUACUGGUGUCCAAUUCAAUCGUAUGAAAAUAAUGAUUUUAUACAAAAUUAUUUGGUAAAUGAUUUAAACGACACUAUAUAUCCAAUAAUUCAUAGAAAGUAUGUAUAUUAUAUUCACAACGUAUCCAAUCGUACUAAGUUCAUUACACAUCCGUUAAAAUAUAUUCUUCAACCAUUUUUUCAGCCCCCAAAUAUAUCAAUCAGAAUGGCUAUUGUUGGACCUCCCAAAAGUGGAAAAUCCUUUUACGCUAAAAAAUUAUGCGAAAAGUUUGGGUUUCAAUUAAUUUGUGUUGAAAAAGCCAUAAAAGCCUAUUUAAAAAUGACUAGUUUGAUAAAGAAUGCUAGAUUAACAUUGAAAAUAUUAAGUCAAGGGGAUACAUUGCCAGAUUCUGUUCUAGUAGAAAUUAUUAAAUAUGCGAUGCAAAGUACUCGGGCAAAAGUUCAAGGAUAUAUAAUUGAUGGCUAUCCAAUUACAAAAACACAAUUUGAACUUUUUAAUAAAUCAGGGAUUAUUUUUCAUAAAAUAUUCAAUAUAAUUAAAUCAUACGAACAAUGUAAACACAAUAUGAAAUAUGAUGAUAAUUUAUUGAGAUUAUCUUCAAAAACGAAACAUGAUAAAUGGAACAAUAUAUUUGUUGGAAGCUUCUGGUUAGAGGACAAUUUUGGAAACACUACAAGUCUAAGAGAUUUAUCUCAGUUAGAAAAUGAAACUAUGAAAUGUGUGAAAUCUUUACGCGAAUAUCAUAAAAAUAUACAUAAUAACAAAGCAUGUAGUUUGACGGAUGUUCCAAUAACAAAACGUGAACGUACGGAAAAAAUGAGCUUGUUUCUAGACAUUUGUCCAGUUUGCAAAGUAAAAGAAAAUCGUUUAACUAGACCACAAAGUUCCUUAGCCUUAAAAUCAAAUUUAAUACAAUACGAAAUGUACUUCUACUGGACAUGUUCUAAGCACACACAGAAGUUUAUAAAGGAUCCAAAAAGAUUUAUAGAAAAAACGCCUCAUGAACCAGUGCUAUUGCCCAUUGAGACUAAUUUAAAUAAAUUAAUGAAUAACAUUUUUGCAAACUCAGAAAAUUUUUUAAAAUAUUGCGUAGUAUGUGCAUUAUCAUGUUUAUGGGACCCAAUAUACAAACAAGGAAAAUCAAAUUUUUUGGUUACAUAUUCCAAAUAUUCGUUUGCAUUAUGUUCUCUAAAAUGUAAAACAAAAUUUAUGGAAAGACCAUUCUUAUACAGUCAAUACAAAAUGCAUGUUUGUGAACCAAAAAUAUGGGAAUCAUGUCAUGCACAACUUUCAGUGAGCCAAUUACCUUUACUAGGAUAUCUAGAACAAACUAUUGCUGGCCCAAGUAGUUUAGCAUUGAAAAAGUUGAUAGCUAUGAAACCUCUUUAUCCAGGAUUAUCUGAAACAACAUCAGCCAUGGUUUUUUUAGGAUUAUGCAUGGGAACAUGGGUACAAGAUGAUGAAAUAGCUAGCUAUUAUAAAAAAUUAUUUAACCUUUACAUGGAAAGUGUUCAACGCUUCAAAAUGCAAGUAUUCAAAUUAAAACUAUUGACGUAA